GCGGAGGUAACGAAACGUGACAAAAUAAUAUUGUUUGCUUUAACAUGCACGAGCCGCGAUCUCAAAGAAAUUAUUGUAUUUUUAGACAGAUAUAAGUGAAAUGGGAACCGAUUACAUGCUACUUUUACUUGAUGAAUAUAUGUUACGUGUCGGCUUUGGUAAUACGGAAAGUGACAGGACGAGAUCAUUAGAUGUGAUGAAAGAACUUCCUUGGAGACAUUUGUUAACGAACCAUAAUCACUGGAUUAAGUCGUUGCUCCAAUUCAAGUUCUUACAUAAACUAUUCCAGAAUGUAGAGUCAAUCGCUAGCUACGACGAUAUCCACGAAGCUACCGAAAGUGGUAAAGCAAUAAAGCGCGAUUUGUAUCAAAAACUUGCGUUAAAGACUUUCCUUUUAGGCUUGAAAGAACCAUUGGGCACCACUGUCAGGUGCAUGAAACCAACCUCUUUGAGCGGAACCCUUCAAUUACUAAAUAUGGGAAAGGAGAAAAAUCACGAUAUUCGUCUAGGAGCAGCUCCGAUUUUGAUAGGGAGAACUCGAAGCACCUUAAAAAACUGGAGAUAG